AUGGCAAAGCUAGGUAUCCUGCUAGACCUGCCAGUGGAACUCCUUCAGCUGGUGCUGAAGUGCUGCUCGACGCCCAGCUAUCUCCAGCUUAUCCGUACUUGUUCGAUACUUUUUACGAUUGGUACGACAUGUCGUGAAGUUCUGCGCCAUCAGCUACAGAAGCUGCCGGGUCUUCCUGUCACGGAGGUUGGUGCUCCUUUGGAGUCACUGUCAACGCCACUCCUAUAUCGAGAGCUUAUAUCAAGGGCAGGUGCUCAUUUAUACGGGGCCAAUUUCCAUUCUGAUGCCACACUAUACACGAUGGAAGAGGGUGUUAUAGAUACCAAGGCUUCCCACCUUUUCCCAGGCACCUCUCAAGUACAAAACGGCUGCAUUCACCCGUCUCUUGCCCUGGUUCCUAAGGGUACGGCAUCAGUCUAUUUGUAUACGGUCAGCCCUCCAAAGCUGUACACCGAGAAAACCAUGCUGUUGAUAGACAAGCUUGAGCCCCUGAGUAAUAUAUCAGGUGAAAUUGAGAUCCUACGCGUUGUCAACAGCCGUUCGUGUCCGCACAUAAUAUCCGUACUGCAGCGCUACGAACCUCCAGCGAAACCAGCAGGCUCACCCUCUAUGCAUCCAUUUGUGGAGGACACAAUGAUGCCCUACCUCUCUGCUCGCAUCCGAUUAAUUCACUAUUUUAUUCACACCCCAACGGGUCGGUGGAUGCCGGCAUCCUUUACUGUUUUCCCUUCUGAGCUGGAGGAUGAGUUCACCCCUCUCGCUGUUGAUGUUGUAGACCAGGCGUUUGUUGUUGUAUCAUGGCAGCACAAGGAGUUACCGCAGACUUCCAAAGUCUGUCUACAUAAAUAUAACGACGCAGAUGUCGUUGUUCGAAAGUACGGCUGUUCAUACGUGGAAUACAACACGAUAGAGCUAGUCGAUGGUGAGGAAAUAGCACGACGACGGCACUUCUCAGAUACGGACAUGCCUCUAUCUGACCCGAUUGUGCAAGUUCGAUUUAACGACCGUUACCAACAAGUUAUAUACUGGCAUUCGUCCUCCAUUAUAUAUGAUCAAUUCCAACGCCUUCUCAACUCUGGAGGUACUUCUGGCUCGGGUUCUGCUCACCGGGCCCGCCUACUUGACAAUAUCUGUUAUGCUACACUGCCUGAAUAUGACCGGACAUCACCACCGGUGGCUUCGCGAUUUCAGGUAGGAAUCCCUUUUUAUGGGUACCACACAAGAGACUCUGCAAACGGAGUUUGUAAUUGGUACUAUGCAUCGGUGGGUUUGACGCGCUUGCCUCCCAAUGGCCGAGUAGGGGCAUACAUCCUCCAGUCAACAGCGCAGUGCAGGUCCGACAGAUGUGGCCACAUUCUUAACUUGGACCGUGGUAGGCGCAUUGAACGCUGGGUGGCCGUUGCUAAGCUCUGGGGAUUCAAGCCCAACGAGUCUAACCUGACGGGGCUGAUAGCUUCAUCGCCUAAGGGUACUCGACUUGCCAUCGCAAACUGGAAGACCCUGUAUAUCUGGCCGCUCGAUCCGUACCAUGUACUCAUGCGAAACAAGGACGGAUAUUACCCGCCUUCCAUGUAUUAUCCCGGAGACCCUGGCGCCUGUGCAAAGGUGAGCAAUCUUCCACUGUCUAGCGAAGAGGGGGACUAUGAAAAAACAGAUGAUGGGUGGAAGGACGUUGUUGAAUUAAGGCCCAUAAUACUGAACCUGGAUGUUGUGUGUUUUGGACUAAAGUUUACCGACGGCGAGGACGAACUCACUUUGUUGACAGACAAGGGUCUGAUGAUCUGGAGGCUCAACUCAAAUGGAUCUGCACUGAGGCUGAACGGAGUGAUAAAGGCGGAAGAGGACGUAGCUGGCGGUGGACUGAGUAACCCACUCCCGUGCUAUGACGAAAAUGGUGACGAUGAUGGGUCUGGGGUAGACACUGAAGAGAAUGAAGACGAGGAUAUGGAUGAUGAUGAUGAUGAAGAAGAAGGAGGCGAAGACCAGGAGCAAGAAGAUGAUGAUGGGGAAGAAAUGGAUUUGGAUGCGUAA